UUGAUAUCUGCCAUCCUCGACUACACCAUCCUACACACCAUUCGAAUCUCGCCCAUCAUGGCUUCAGGAGACAAGAACAAAGAUGCUCGAAAGGCCGAGAAACGAGAAAAGAAGGACAAGAAGGAGAAAAAGACAAAGUCUAAGCAGGAACAAUCUGCGACGGCCUUUACCCUGCUUGCAGACGAGAAAAAUGUCGACUCGGCCUUGUCGUCUCUCUUUGCAGUUAAGCAACCUCCUGUGAAAUCGAAGCCUGCCACUGCCACAAUUCCUGUGAAGAAGACGGGUCCAGCCGCCGAAGACGAAGAAUCCGACGAUGACAACGAUGCCGAACUUUCCGAGCUGGACGAGGAGAUGGAAGAUGAUGAAGAGGAUUUUAAUGGAGAUGUAGAGGUUGAGGAUGCUUCAGAAGCUGUGGAAGAGGUUGCCGAGCCCAGGCGCAAGCGCAAACGAAAGGAUGCGGAAGAGCAGAUCGAGGAUGCGUACAUGGACCGACUGGCACGCGAGGAAGAAAAGGACGCCGAGCGCCUUGCGGCCGAGCGAGCUGCGAAGCGUGCUAAGAAGAGUGAGGAGCAGCAGGAUGCGCCCGAGCAGGAAGCGGACGACAGUGAAGAGGAAGGAGACGGCGACUCUGUGGACGAGGAUGACCAUUACGAGACUGCCUCCGACGACGAAGGCAAAUCCGCGCCACCCAAACACGAAACCGAAGAAGCGAAGGACGUAGAACUGGAAAAGGCCAACCGCACUGUAUUCCUGGGCAAUGUUUCUACCGCUGCCAUCUCCUCGAAGUCCUCUCGCAAGGCUCUCAUGAACCACCUUGCCUCAUUCUUCCCCAAAAUCGCUGGCGAGAAAGGAGUCUCAAGACCGAAGGUCGAAUCGAUCCGCUUCCGCUCGACCCCGUACGCAUCCGCGAUACCAAAGAAAGCUGCAUACGCGAAGAAAGAACUCAUGGAUGCCACUGCCAAAUCCACUAACGCCUACGCGGUCUACUCAACACCCGCACUCGCUCGUGAGGCAUGCCAACAUCUCAACGGAACAGUCGUUCUCGACCGUCACCUCCGAGUCGACUCCAUCGCACAUCCCGCCAAAGUCGACAACAGACGCUGUGUGUUCGUCGGCAACCUGGGCUUUGUAGACGACGAAUCUAACAUCCAAGAAGCCAACGAAGAAGACGGCCGUGAAAAACGCAAACGAGGUAAAGAACCCGCCGACAUCGAAGAAGGCCUCUGGCGAACCUUUGGAAAAUGCGGCAAAGUCGAGAGCGUGCGUGUCAUCCGCGACAGCACGACCCGAGUAGGCAAAGGCAUUGCAUACGUCCAAUUCGAAGACGAAAACGGUGUCGAAGCAGCUCUCCUGCUGAACGAGAAGAAAUUCCCUCCCAUGCUACCACGUAAACUCCGCGUUAGCAGAGCCAAGGCACCCAAAAAGAAUGCCAAAGCGGGUAGCGGGCGGCCUUCUUUGAGACCCCAGCAAGCGGUGGGUCGAGGAGGAAGUGGUUAUCAGCGGAAAUUGACAGGAGAAGAAGCUUCGAAGUUGGGACGAUCGGCAAAACUGCUCGGGCGGGCUGCGGCCGCGAAUUUGCGGAAAGGAGGAGAUGAGAAUAAGUCGUCUGCCCGAGGGCCUUCAGAGCGCUCUUCCCAGACCCUGGCAGGGGGCAUCAGAAAGCCAGAGAAUUUUGUGUUUGAGGGCCAUCGAGCAAGUGCGAGGUCAGGGAAGAGCGGGCUGAAGUUGGGAGGAGCAAAGGGCGCGAAGAACAAGAGUAAGACCAAAGUCACGAAGCGAAGCGCGUCGUUCAAGCAGAAGAAAAAGGCAUAGGCAUGAGCGGAUGCGUGCAAAUAGGUGAUUCGAGCAAUUGAUAAUUCGAUUC